AUAAUUUAUACCCGGGAUACAAAUCUGUGUUUAAUUAGUAUUAAUGAAAUGUGAAAAAGUUAAGGUAGUAAGGUUUUGCCGUGGCAUUUAAAAAGCGGUAAAAUGCGUGAAUCCGAUGUUUAUAAUCAUUAUUUCGGAACAGAGGGGAAAAUAUCUGGAAUGUAAAACGGAAAAUGUGCGCACAUUUUGUUUAAAUAUUACUUUAAUUGACACUGCUUAGAAAUACGUAAUGUCUCACAUAGAUAGAAAUAUCAUGCAUUCUUCUUCAGAGGACGACGAAGAAGCUCUUCUGUUAGUUGUGCCAGAAGAGGAAAACCGGCGUAGAUCGAUUGAACAUGACACCAAAUGUGGAUGGAAAUUUUGGAAAAAACGUCGAUAUGUGGUUACAUUCUUGGCUUUUUUGGGUUUCUUCAACAUUUAUGCAUUAAGAGUUAAUUUAAGUGUAGCCAUUGUAGCAAUGACUGAAAAUAAAACAAUAACUUUAGAAAAUGGUACUCAAAUAUUUGAACAAGAAUUCAAUUGGGAUUCAAAAGUACAAGGAUGGCUUUUAGGAUCAUUUUUCUAUGGUUAUAUUUUGACACAAUUACCUGGCGGAUGGUUAGCUGCAAAAAUUGGCGGUCGUAAAGUAAUGGGUGUUGGUAUUGGAGUUACUGCAGUUUUAACAUUGUUAACACCAAUGUUUGCCAAAGCUAAUGUGUAUUUAUUUAUUGCCGUGCGCGUUUUGGAAGGAAUUUUUGAGGGUGUAACCUAUCCAUGCAUUCACGCUGUUUGGGCCAAAUGGGCACCACCGUUGGAACGUAGUCGAUUGGCAACAUUUGCAUUUGCCGGCAGUUAUGUAGGCACUGUUGUGUCAAUGCCCAUGUGUGGAUUUUUGGCAACUACUAUUGGAUGGGAAUCAAUAUUUUAUGUUUUUGGUAUUGUAGCAUUAAUAUGGUGUUUCUGUUGGUUUAAAAUAGUCACCGAAUCCCCAUUAGAUGAUCCGUAUAUUACCAAAGAUGAAUUAAUGUACUUAAAAGAAACAUUAGGUACACUUACUGCACAUGAUUCAAAAAUUUCCCAUCCAUGGAAAGCAAUUUUAACAUCACCACCAGUUUGGGCCAUUGUUGCAUCACAUUUUAGUGAAAAUUGGGGAUUUUAUACAAUGCUUACACAACUUCCUACAUUUAUGAAAGAUGCAAUGGGAUUUGAUAUAAAAGGAGCUGGUUUUAUGUCUGCCUUACCAUAUUUGGCAAUGGCGUUAUUUACACCUAUAGCAGGUCAAUUAGCUGAUCACUUAUUAGUUAAAAAAAUUUUAUCAACAACGCAUGUAAGAAAAAUAUUUAAUUGUGGAGCAUUUAUUGGACAAACUAUAUUUAUGUGUGGUACAGCAUAUUGGCUCACACCUGUUGGAAGCACACUUUGUUUAACAAUGGCAGUUGGUUUAGGAGCUUUUGCCUGGUCAGGAUUCAGUGUCAACCAUUUGGAUAUUGCUCCCCAACAUGCCAGUGUUAUUAUGGGUAUCGGAAAUACAUUUGCUACUUUACCAGGAAUAAUUAGCCCAACAAUUACAGGAUAUAUUGUUGCAGACAAGACCACAUCCGAAUGGCGAAUGGUAUUUUUUAUUGCAGCAGCCAUAUAUUUAAUCGGUUGUAUAAUUUAUGGUAUAUUUGCAUCAGGUGAUCGGCAACCAUGGGCAAUGACUGAAACAAUUACUAGUAGCACCGAUCUCAAAUCAGUUGAAAGUGGACUUGAUAAUCCUACAUUUCAAAGUGAUCAUAAAUAGUGAAAUAUGCCGUAGCCGCACAGGUAGAGUAGAAUAACUUUGAGUGUGAUAAUAAAAUGUAUACUCAUAUGUCCCAGCACUCUUUAUCUUUGAGUAACUAGCUGGGGAAAUAGAGGAAUAUAUUUGAAUGCGCUAUUGGCCGUUUUGCGGCUAUAUAAAUAAUUUUAAAUUUGUGAUAUGAAUCCUUACAUACCUAAUUAGAAAUACUUUUUAUUGUAAAAAUUAUAUACUAUUUGUAAAUAAAAAAAAU